CCAAAGUGGGGCAUACUUGAAGACACUAGGCUGCCUCAUGCAACAGCUCAUUUACAUUUCUAAAGUGAGUGCCUCAUUUACAUAUUAAAUACAGACCUAAUUUGCAUUUUUAGGUGAGCAUCCUGUUUAGAUUUAAAAGCAAGCGGCCCAUCGGACAUUUGCCCAAACCCACAGAUUGCCAGUCCGGACCUGCUCCAGAGUCCAGAUAAGGCUGAAACAGGAGUUGAUGGAAUCUGCAGGGAGUCAUCAUGGAUUGGGUGCAUGUUUAAUCCUAAUUUUGAUUUAUAAUAACCAUUGUCCUAUGAUUUCUAGGUGUAAGAUUAAGCAUUAGAUUUGAGCACGGAACGCUUAACGGUUGGAGACAAUGUCCUCAGAAGCUGUAACAGAACCCAACAAGUGUUCUGUAGAUCCAAACAGUAAAGAAGCACUCGCAUCCCCGCACACUGGCUACAACAGUAAAGCUUUACCAGAAAACAGCUCAUCUCUAAGGGGCGACUACAAGACACCAGAUGCCACGUCAAAGCGACAAAUGAAGUGGAUUCUGCAACGAGAGCAAUGGGAGCGUCGAAAGUAUGUGUCACAGCAGAAGCGGAAGGAAAAGUGACUAAGGCGCAAACUGAGGCGCCAGGCUCAAGCGCAGCACAAUAGUGAUGGUAACAGUGAAAAACGAUUCCACCAUGAAGUUCAGCCGAGUGCAAUCCGUCUGGUUAUUGACUGCAGUUUUGACGACUUGAUGGCAUUACAAGACGUUAAAAAGCAAAUUCGAAGGUGUUAUGCUGAGAAUCAACGGGCAAUCCAUCCUGUUCAGCUUUAUUUGACCAGCCAUGGUGGGCAGCUGAAAUGUAACAUGGAUGAAUAUGACAAAGGAUGGAUCAAUUGGAAGGAUAUUCAUAUUAAGCCAGAACAUUACAAAGACCUAAUGAAGAAGGAAGACCUUGUUUAUCUUACCUCGGAUUCCCCGGAAGUACUGAGCGAGCUGGAUGAGACAAAAGCGUACAUCAUUGGGGGCCUGGUAGACCACAAUCAUCACAAGGGUAUCACCUACAAGAAAGCUUUGGAACUUGGGAUCAGUCAUGCGCAGCUGCCACUUGGAAAUGUCGUGAAAAUCAACAGUCGCAAAGUGUUGGCAGUUAAUCAUGUUUUUGAGAUCAUACUGGCUUUUCUGGAAAAGAAAGAUUGGAAGGAAGCCUUUUUUUGUGUUCUACCCCAGCACAAGGGCGCAGUACCUCUUACCGAAGCUGAUGAGCCAUCUGAAUGCAGACUCCCAGAGAAAGAAGAAGAAGAUGAUGGAGAAGAUUCAGACAGUGACUCAAGCAUAGAAUAGAGGGUCUCAAUACAGCCCAAUGUCAAAUGUGAAGAAAAAAGCAGUUCACAUCCAGUAAACUUUUGAAUUUACAUUUUUUAAAUUUAAUUUGCAAAAAUAUUGGGACUGGCUGCUAAUUAUACAAUUCUUUCAACAUUCGUUGGAAAGGGCAAAUACCAACACAACCCUGCAAUCUGUUGGUUUUGCAUUGUGUUGCUGUUGAACAGUAUUUUUCUUUGUGGAACACAUUUGCUUUUAUCUAAUUAAAACUUGUGACAAAUCA